AUGCGAUCUGCAAUCCUCUAUGGUCGCUCGCAUCGUCCUCCCUAUAUAAGCUCGUCCCCCGGCCCCCCUUCUUCCUUGCCAAGCACCAAUAGAAAUCGGAGAAAUUGAUAAGAAUUCUAGCAUAAUGAGCAGCAGCAGUGGCAGCGGUAGCGGCGGCGGCGCGCCCACCACGUCGCCAUCGACGGAGCAUGAGAUUCUUCUUGAGAAGUUGGAGGUGUUCAAGGUUCAAGACCGCGGUGACAAGCGCGGCCGCAAGAUCCUCCGCAUCAUUGGCAAGUUCUUCCCGGCUAGGGUUUUGAAUGGGGCGGAAGGAGAGGAGGCGCUGAAGAAUUACCUGGAGAAGAAGAUCUUUCCGGAAAUCGGCGAGGCGCCGUUCUGCGUGUUGUACGUGCACACGUCGGUGAAUAGGCAGGACAAUUUCCCCGGCGUUUCAUUCCUCCGAUCGAUCUACGAGUCUUUGCCUGCUGCCGUCAGGGACGGCAUGGAGGCCGUUUACUUCGUUCACCCCGGUCUCCAGGCCCGCCUCUUCUUCGCUACCUUCGGCCGAUUUCUCUUCAGCGCAGGGUUGUACGGGAAGUUGAGGUAUGUCAGCCGUUUGGAAUUUCUCGGUGAGUAUAUGAGGAAAAGCGAUAUCGACGUGCCAGAAUUCGUGCACGAUCAUGAUGAGGAGUUGGAGCGACGGCCGCUGAUGGAUUACGGGUUGGAGAGCGGUCGCCAUCACCGGGAUUACGACUCGCCGGCGAUGGACUCCGCCGCCUCCAUGUACUCGCUUCGUUGCAUCUCCUAAGCCCUGAUCCGACCGGACUGGCCCGGUCUGCUUUGGUCCCACCGCGUGCUUGUUCCAGGCCGGUCGCCUUGACGCCUUGUAAUAAAUUUCUUUUAUUUUAAAUUAGACGGUUUUUGGAUAGCUAUCGCCUAUGGUUUGGCUGGCACAGGCUAUUUUUGUAAAUAAUGAAGACUAUGAGAUGCCAAGCCGAUUAUAGUAUUAAAAGCUAUGUAGCUUUGAAGCAGAAUGAGCCCACUGAAUAAUGGAGGCUUAUCGGAACUGGGAAGAAUAUUCAUGCCCAAUCAGGCUUGUCCCAUAUCUGCAUUAUUGAAAGUAGAAUGUCCUGUAGAUAGCUCAAUUUCAUUGGUUAGUUUGGAGUUUUGACUAUUAAUUAA